AUGGACGCCCUUACCUCAGCUCUGUACACGAGUGCAAUCAUUGCUUCUUCGAUAGUAGUCACCGUCGCCCUCAUCGCCGCCACCUGGACUAUCGGCGUCAAGCUUGCUGAGCCCUUUGGCGUCAUAUUGUUCAACGCACUCAUAAGCCACGAAGACGUGCUCGACGACCAAGAAGCCUCAGAUGGCGAGCAAAAAUCCACCAAGGCUUCUCAGCGCGAACAUCGCAAGACAGUUGAGAGACUGCUUUCAGGAGCCAUUGCGAUGUUUCUUGUCAUUGCUUGCGUGUCUUUUGAGCAAGGGCUAGCGCAAAUCGGCGCGCGUGAUGACUCGUGGGGCUUCGUUCUUAUGGUACUCAAGGGAGUCUUUGAAGCGUUGGCUGCUCUGGGUAUGCUGAGACUAGCCCUUGCUGCAGUCCGAAGACUGGUUGCGAAUUGA